UUUUUUUACAAAAAAAAGUAAAAUAGCUGCUGAUAGUAGAAUUAAAUUUUAAAAUGUUUAAAAAUAUUAAGUCAGCUAAUUAUUAGGAAAAUUUAGGUGUUUAUGUGUGAAAUUUAAAGUUAUUGUUGUGUCCGGCAAUCAGUGAAAUUGUAUUAUUUAUGUAUUUUUAACAUUUUGUGUUUGCCGCGGGAAAACGGCAGACGUUUGACGGCUGUAAUGGCCGCAAUAGCGCCAAUGUCCUACGCGUUUUAUUAGAUAUUCUCAUUAUUCAAUGGUGUUAAGAUGUUAUUAUUUAGCUGAUGAUUGCAAGCUGAGAUGGAUAUAAACGCUGAGGUAUCAACACAAUUGUCCUUGAUCGAUGUCCUCCUAAGCGACCUUGACAAGACAAUUGCACCAUGUGCAACUGAAAAGCAUGAGAAAAAGGAGGAAGAAACCCAGGAUGCCAUGCCAGACUCAACCACUAGCACGGAGAAAACUAACACAAACCCAUUCCAAUGUGGAGAUGAUGUCCUUGUGCCAAAUAAGGAUGGACGAUACUACUUAGGUACUAUAGUGGAAUUGAGCAGCAGCAAUGACAAUGACUCGUGCGAAGUGGGGUCCGGCGUGGCGCGCUGCCUCGUCAAGUUCGGCGACGGCACGCACGCGUGGGCGCCGGUGGCCACGCUCAAGCUGCUGGUGGCGCCGCCGGCGGACGACGGCCGCAUCAUGUGCGUGGUGUGCAAGCGCCGCGAGGGGCCCGCCUCGCCCGCCGCCGCCGCCAACGCUGUGGUGGCCUGUGACAUGUGCGGCCGCGGGUACCACGCCAAAUGCCACACGCCGCCUGUGGACAACUGGAUCAAUGGCGCGUCGUGGCACUGCAAGCGCUGCACGGACCAGCGGUACCGCGUGGCGGCGGCGGAGAAUCGCGCGCUCAAGCGCAGCGACCUGUUCCGGCUGAAGGGCGGCCAGCAGCGGCGCCAGCAGCAGGAGCUCACGCCGCCCUGCGAUACGGCGUCGACGACGUCCUCGGCCGCGUCGGACGCCGGCAAGGAGGCGGACGAGGCGCACUGCUACUGCGGCGAGAAGAGCGACUGGCUGGCUCAGAUGUUGUUAUGCUGCCGAUGCUCGCGUUGGUUUCAUCAAAGAUGUGUAUCGAGCUUACAGUAUCCAUUAUACGCAGGAGAUAAACUGUACAUAUUCGCGUGUUCGCUGUGCAACGGCGGCGCGGAGUACCUGCGGCGGCUGGAGCUCUGCUGGCUGGAGCUGGCGCACCUGGCGCUGUACAACCUCACCGCGUACAACGCGCCCAACUACUUCGACCUGGACGACGUGGUCAUGCCGUACAUCAUGGACAACUGGCACGCGCUGCAGCUGCCCGAGAAGAUGUGGAGAACGCCAGUGAACGAGCGGCGCGAGCGCAUCCUGACGGCGCUGACGUCGUCGCGCAAGCGGUUCAAGUGCGGGCGCGAGAUGAAGAAGCGCGCCACCAUCUGGGGCCUGCGCCUGCGCCGCCCGCCCGCGCCGCCCGUGCAGCUCGCCGCCCUCGGACAGGUGAAAAGUGGAGAGCCUCUGACUGACGAGAUCGUGCGCGAGUACGCGCCGCGCCUGCGCUUCCUGCCGCGCGCCGCCUCGCCGCGCCGCCGCGCCAGCGCCGACGACAUGUCUCCUACCAGUAGCAAAAACGAUAAAAGUUCCUAUAAAACUCAAAAUAUGAUAGUGCCUGUCGACGGCCACUGGCUGAACCUGAUGAUGGGGAAGAGAUUUCACGAAAAUCUCAACUCAAAUUCAAACUCUGAAAAUGACUCGACCAGUUCCUACGAAUCUGCCAAGCCAGUGGAGCCGGGCGGCUCGCCCGCGCCCGCCUCGCCCGGGAACUCCGAUACCAAAGAAGGAAACUCAAAGAAGCUGUCUGAUGUGACCGACUCACCGACGAAGGAAGCUACGCCUAGUUACGAAACCCCACCUGUGCCAUCCCUUAGUACUUCAUUAAGUCCUUGUUCCACUAAUAUAGAAAAUAUACUAAAAGAAAAGGAAAACGUUACGAACAUUGAAACACCUGUGACCAAUGUCGUCCAUGAUAAUCCUAUUAUGAACAUGGAAAUAUCGAAGCUGUCCACUAAAAAUAUAAUAGAACAUUCCAAAAUAAUGUCCCUACAGCACAUGGACAGUGCUCUUCCCUAUAGCAAUCUCUUGAGUCAUGACAUGGAGUCGUCGGGGGACGAGUCUUCCAGCAGGGGCACCUUGGACGCGAUCAUUCCGCCGCUCAAAGACUUCCAGGGCAAAAAUAAUCCUUUCCUCAUGCAGAGCUAUACAGGAAAAGCAAACGGCAAACAAAAUGGGCGGAAACACAAUUUUAACUACAGACUAUCUUUGCCUGGACAGCUGAAUCCACUAAUGGGCCCACUGAUACGGCCCAUGAAAAGAAAAUUGAGUGAGAAAGAUAUCAUAAUAGGACCAAAUGGGGAAGUUAAACGUAGGAAAUAUAGGAGGCCUAAGAAGUAUUUACAAAACCAAGUUAAUAAUUUAAACAAAUCGUGUCCGCUGCCCGAAGACGCGUCGAAGUCGGCGGCGCCGCCGGGCGAGGGCGCCGGCAACGCGCAACCCUCACAGAAGGCGCUGAACAACGUCAAGUUCCAUGGUAGAAGACUGAGACAACGGCAAGAGAAGAAUUAUUACGAAAACUCUCGUCGUUCUAGUAAUAGUAACAACAGUAGUAGUAAUAAUAAUAGCGUGAAGAGUCUCCAGCUGAGCCCGCACAAGGCGGACGGCGGCGCGGCGCAGGCGCAGCAGCUGUCGGCGCUCAAGACCUCCGUGCAGGAGUACUUCCGCGCCGGACAGACGUUCCGCGUGCUGGCCCGCCGCCGCGCGCCCGGCGCGCCGCCCGCCUACCUCAUACAGUGGGACUCCAGCUCGUGAAUUUAUUUAAUUAUACAUAUAUGUGUAUGUACUAAUAAUAUAUAAGUGCUUGUCUGUAGACUAAAUCGUUGUACAGUACGGUCAAGGAAUGUGAUAUAUUAUUAUUGAAAUUCAAA